AUGCGAGCAGACAAUAAAAAAGCCGACGAUGCAAAGCAUCAUGAGCACCCCGAACUCGACAAGGGGGUCAGGAUACCGACAGAAGUAGGCACCCUGCAGCGCCGGCUCAAGUCACGCCAUGUUCAAUUCCUUGCUCUAUCUGGUGCUAUUGGAACUGGUCUCUUCGUGGGUACAGGUCAGAUCCUUUCGGUGGCUGGACCAUUAUCGAUGGUCCUUGCGUAUCUCAUCACUGGAUUUAAUCUGUACGCGGUGAUCAACAGCAUGGGUGAAAUGGCGACCUGGCUUCCAUUACCUGGCGCUGUUCCCGUAUAUGCAUCUCGAUUUGUUGAUGAGGCUCUGGGAUUCACGCUGGGUUGGAACUAUUGGUAUCAAUUUGCCAUAGGUGUUCCGAUUGAAAUAAGUGCAGCUGCUCUUGUAAUCGACUACUGGCCCAAUAACAUUUCCUCUGCCGUGUGGAUUACUUUACUCUACGUGAGUAUUUUCGCCCUCAACUGCCUUCCUGUUCGAGCCUAUGGUGAAAUCGAGUUUGUGCUUGGUUCUAUCAAGCUUUUAACCAUUGUGGGGUUGAUGUUGCUCAUGUUCAUCAUCACACUUGGUGGAGCUCCGACACAUGACCGCAUAGGAUUCCGCUACUGGGAGAAUCCAGGUCCAAUGAAUACUUAUUUGGAAGACGGAUCCUUAGGCCGCUUUCUAGCUUUUUGGAAAGUUUUCAUCCAAGCCACCUUUAGCUAUGGUGGCUCAGAAAUUGUCGUCGUCGCAGCUGGAGAAUCUGAGAAUCCGCGCAAAAAUAUUCCAAAAGCAGUCAAGAGAGUGUUCUGGAGAAUUGCCAUAUUUUACGUUGGCAGUGUGUUCCUUGUCGGCCUAUGUGUCUCAUCUAAAGAUAAUAGGUUACUCAACGCCAUUGAUGCAGGCGCGGCAGGCGUGGGAGCAAGCCCUUUUGUUAUUGCAAUCGAGAAUGGUGGUAUUCAGGUGCUACCAUCUAUCAUCAAUGCCGUUGUUCUCACAUCAGCGUUUUCAGCUGGCAAUUCUUUCUUUUAUGCCUCAACUAGAAUUCUGUAUUCCACGGCAUUGGACGGAAAAGCGCCUCGCCUGCUCCGAUUUGAAAAGUUUGGAGUCCCAUAUGCCUGUGUUGCUGUCACUGCUGCUUUGAGCUUACUUGUGUACCUCAAUGUCGCAUCAAGCUCGGCUGAAGUCUUUUUCUGGAUUAGCAACCUAAGCUCUGUGAGCACAUUGAUCGUGUGGUCGUCAAUUUCUGCGACCUAUGUUCGUUUCUAUCAAGGACUGAAAUACCAUGGUAUCCCACGGUCGACCCUUCCAUUCAAGUCACCUUUCCAGCCCUUCCUAGCCUGCUUUGCGAUAGUGUUCUCCUUGACUGUGGCAUUCUUCAAUGGCUUUGAUGCUUUCUUUCCUGGUCAUUUCAGUGCCAAGACCUUCAUCCCGCCUUACAUUGACAUUCCCAUCUUUGCUUGUCUUUUCCUAGGCUACAAGUUCCUGAAAAGAACGAAGUUUGUCAAGGUAGAGGACAUGGAUUUCUGGUCUGGCAAAGAAGAGAUCGACCGGCUAGAAUCCUUGUGGGAAGAGCCUAAGCCUCGCAACUUUCUUGAGCGAAUAUGGUUCUGGAUUGCGUGA